UCUUUAUCCGUGACGUGUUUUAUUCAUAUGUAAAGCAUUAUCAUAAUUAAUCAUAUGUAAUAAUUUCGUACAUGUAGUAUUUUGGCGCGAAUCCCCAGCGCAUGCAUGGUGUGGCCUGCGCGUGACGGAUCUUAACAGAAGCGUUAUCACUAGUUACCGCCACAUUUCAUUUUCCAGUCACAAAUCUUCAAAUGUAUGCGAUUAAACUACUGAAGUGUCGAGAACAUACAUUACGGAGUUUACAUCCACAUGGUAAUGGGCUCAUUUACAAGAAACAGGUCUUUAAAGAUCAGUCUCUGGUUGUGCUCCGUGUGGCUUCAGUUAAAACCUGAAGACUCUGAUGGUGCAGAUGGACUCUUUCACAGCUGAUGCUCAUUUUCAGAUGGUUUUGGGCCGGUUCUGGUGCCAGUCUGGCAACAUUCCCUCAGUUCAACUAAAGGCCCGGGGCAGCAGUGAGCACAUCACCCAGCUGGACCUGUGUCUGAGUCAUAAUGUCAGAACAGACAGUCUGUUUGCUGCUGGUAGAAAAAAACAGCCAACGAUCUUCAGGAGGAGAAUGGAUCAGCUGCAGGUGAAGCUGUGUAUAAUCCACAAAGCAGUGAUAUGAGAAGACAUGUUUCCGAAUGACAGAACCUAGGGACGUCAAGUACAUGGAAAAGAGCAACGGUCAAAGCACUGAGCCCUGAGGCACCCCUGUAUUGAGAUGUUGGGACUCAGAGACCUCACCAGGAUACUCUAAAUGACCUGCCUGAGAGAUCUCUUCCAGGCAGAUCACUCCAUGAUUCUUUGCCCGUUGAAGACAUCAGCAGAAGUCAAGUGGAUGUAAAGAAAACUUGAUCUUGAUGAGAAGAAGAAUCUGGGAAAGAGAGCAGAAAUGGGAGGAACGCAGUCAAAGAAUGUGACAGACGAGGAGGCGAUGACAUCGGGAAGAAAGAGCGCAGCUCAGGAUGAAAAUCUUCCGACGGUCGAACGGAUCAGAAAACACACGGUCACACACUUCGGCUUCAGGGUGCUCAUCUUGGCUCGCCACGGCAUGCUGGAACUUCCGGAGGAAUUAUGGGAGCUGACAGAACUGCAGAAGCUCAACCUGUCGCUCAACCUCCUGCGCUCCAUCCCGUCGUCUCUGGCUGUGCUGCAGAAUCUGGUGGUGUUGAAUCUAUGGGGGAAUCAGUUGACCAGCUUGCCUCCUGAAAUUGGCCGCCUCAGGAACUUGAAGGUUCUGUUUGCGUACCGCAACCGUCUGAGCGACGUUCCUGAAGAACUGGGCUGCUGCACCAAACUGGAGGUGUUGAGUUUGGCCAACAACCAGCUGACAGGACUCCCGGCAUCUCUGUCGGCCCUCAGCGGACUGAAGAAACUCAACCUGAGUCACAAUCAUAUAACACACAUCCCGGGGUGUGUCUACACCAUGAAGAACCUGGUGUUUCUGCAGCUGGCCUGCAACAAACUGGAAAACAUCGCAGAUCAGAUCCAGGCUCUCGUUGAUUUAAAAAUCCUCAUCGUGGAGGGAAACUGCAUACACUCGCUUCCCAAGAUGAUCUGCUGUCUGACCAAGCUGGAGCUGUUGAAUGUGGAUUUUAAUGAUAUUCAGAACGUUCCUGCAGAGAUGCACAGGCUCAGAGGUCUGGAGAGGUUGGCAUGCCACCCGUUGGAUAAAGGUCUUCACAUCAUGCACAAUCCUCUCCUCAAGCCCAUUAAAGAUGUUCUGGAAGGAGGUCUGCAGGAACUCUACAACUAUCUGAAGGCUCCGUGAUACUUUGCACAUCUUGAAAGAACCUUGAGGGAUUGUUUACCAGCUGUCUCUGAGAGAUGCGUUUUUGAUUCUGAACCUCACGUAAACACAGUAAAGGAAUGGUAUUUAUUUAUUUCUACCAACCACAGUUCAUGUGUCUGUAGAAUCUGUGGGUUGACAGAACAUUUGAUAGCAUGUCAUAUAAAGCCAUUAGAACAUGAAUACUAACAAAAUAUAACCAACAGGACUCGAUGAAGAUGAUUUUACAUUUAGGUAUUUAGCAAAUGUUGUGAGAAAAACAAUGAAGUGAUUCAUCAUAUGGAGGAAAGUAAAUAAGUGUUGUACAGAGUUACAAAGUUUAAGCCAGUUCAAGAAAGGAUCAAUUAAAUGUCAACUUUUUCACAGAUGUAAAAUUGCUUGAGACACAAACAAGUCAACAGUUGACAUGGACAGGGCCGGUGCAGCGCAGGCAGUUGUCUGGGGUGUGAUGUGCCUCCAACUUCAACACACAACGUCAAACCACUGCAAGAGUGUUUCGAAAGCACGUCCUCACAUGCGAUGCGAUGCAUGCCCCCAAAAUCUCUUUUACAGUCUUUGGCAUGUUUGUCAUCACAAAAGAUUCUUAUUUUUAGGCGUUUUAAAACGCUUGCCCAUUUAAACUUCUAUGGAUUUCUCACUCGAAGUGCGCACACAUGCAGACGCUAGUUCUCAUACAGCUCAAGGCUACAAGCAAGUUCAUUAUCCCUUAUGUAGGCCUAUAGACUCAAAACCUGCUGCUGUUUUUGUCAUCAAUGUUUGAUACGAAAUCAUGAACCGCUCUUGAUUAAAGAAGUUCUGUUUCUUUGUUUUAUUUAAUUCAUACAGUGAAGAAGCAGUGUUUCGUUUCUACAUUAUUCAGUUUCUUUGUUAAAAUGCGUCUGAACUGUUAAAUAUAAGUUUUUUUCAUUCCCUACUUUGGCCUUAAUAGUCUGUCAUUUUUUCUUUCUAUUUAAGUGGAAGACACCUACAGUGUCCCUAUACACUUGUUUAGAGAAAAUACAAGUCAUUUAUUUAUGAUGGGGCUUCUUUCCCAUUUUAAAUAUAUACUCAUCCAAAAGAGUGGUAAAGUGAAAACUGUAAAAUUGUUGUCAAAAAUAACUGAAAAAAUACAUCUUGAUUUGAUCAGAUGAGAAAUGUUUGAGAUCUCUGACUUAAGACAGCAGAAGUUUAUAAGUUUGUUGUUUUGGACCAUCAUCCUGUAAUCCUGUAGAGUUUUUUAUCGUUUACUUUGCAUAACCACAAGUAGAAACUUGAAAAAAUUUGUUUAAGGAUGAAGCUCUUCAGUGGUUGUGAGUGAAGUGCUAUUGUAGAGUUGUGUCUUUAGAAAUGAAGACGAGACGUGACUUUAAACCUGGAGUGUCAGACAGUGAAUGUGUUGAGAGGGUCAGAGGUCACACAUAUGAAAGUCUUCACUUUAAGAUUUGAGAGUGUGUUUAGCACUUAACACAUUAACAAAACGUCAUAUUCAAAAACUCCUUUGAGAAAACACUUUAACCCAACACACAGCAUUACACACACAGAGAGGAGAGAGAGAGAGAGAGAGAGAGAGAGAGAUAAAGGUCAAUGUUCAGUCUUGAAAUGGAACCACUCUCAUUUCUUUACUUGAACACUUCAAAAGACAUCAUUUAUACAACUUCAACAGUUGUGUUGUUUGAACGUUAAUGACAUCCAUGUGUCAACAGCAUAUUUUUUUAUAAAAACAUUUUUAUUUAUAUGUUUAAUACUACAUUCCUCACAUUAACUAUAGUUAGUACAACAGUAAAACAGGGAGAAGGAUUUGGUUUUGGACAGAGAUGUAAAAAUAAUCACAGUCUGAAGAAGAACUGAUGUUGAUGAUUGUUUCAUGAUGAGAUGUCUUUUAAUCUUUAUGUUGCUGUUUAGUGUUGCACUGUUGUUUUACAGCAAUAAGAUCUUUCUCAUAUCAAUGACUGUGUGAGAUGUGUAGUUUUGUUACUCUAGCGCCCCCUGUCACCACACACCUGAAAGUACAUGUUUGGAAUUGAAAGGGUGACCAUACCUGCCAUUUUUCCCGGACAUGUCCUGGCCAGGAUAUCUGAUGUAUCCUCCAGAGGUCUCAUAAGUCCGACGCAUAUCUUUCCUCAUCAAGGUUUAUGAUUUCAGGGUUUAUUUCAGAAAAGCAAACGUUAUAGUUCAAUGUAAAAAUGAAACUACAAUGAUUAUAAGUCUUAAGAGAAAUCGUUAAAUUUUAUAAUGUUUUUUAACUGAAAUGUGAGAACCUCAGGAGGACGCACCUGAAAUCCUGGCCAGCACCAUAGAGUCUAUAACUCAUGGUCAUGGUCACCCACACCUUAUUUAUUUAAAUCAUAUUUUGUCUUUGUCUUGUUUUCCUUAAAAUAACAAAAUGAAAAUGUUCUUAGCCAAUGCAAGAAGAAAUGAAACAUGCAUGUAGUUCAGAAAAUGUGUGUGUUUUUUAUUCCUCUUGUCUGUUGUGUGACGUUAAGCACAAAAUCCUGUUUGUAGGGUGUAAAGUGCUCUGUCAGCUUUCUCAAGAGGGAAUUAAGCUUCUGCUGUGUAAAUCCUCACUGUAAAACAAGAUUUAGAUUAUGUCCAGCAGAUGAAGUUUGUCAUCACAUGCCCAUAUGCUAAAAUGCCAAUUACUCACAAUCUACCCUUUAAAUGGACAUGUAUUUAUAUGAAGCAUCUAUAUCGGUUUAUAUUGUGUUGCAAUUUAUAUCUCAACAUGU